AUGAGGAACCCGAUUCUCCUACUUUUUGUGGGAGUAAGGGUCAAGGCCGCCUUCAAUGAGACUUGUUCCUGGCUCAAUCAAGAGCAAAAAUGCUCCGGUGAAUGUAACGCCGACUACCAGACUUGCAUGGGCUCUUGUGAUCCCUCCGAUUACAAGUGCACCCAGUACUGCAACCGAGACUUGACCACUUGCAUCGAUCGAUGCCCCUGCCACGACAAAUGCUCCUGGGGUUGCCCAUGCGGCUUCUACCAGUGCUCUCCCCCAUCCACCUGCGACAUCCAAGAAGAAAAUAGUGAGGCCUUCGACGAGUGCGGUAUCUACUGCAUCUCUGAAGCUGACCGAGUCACUGGCGAGUGCAUCGCUGCCAACCAAAACACCGAGGACGAGUGCUACGCUAAAGGAAACGAACACGGCUGGCGAUGCAUGGAGGACUGCCCAUGCGGAGAAAACUGCAAGGGUGGCUGCAAAGAGUGCCCCAACAACCAGUUCUGCGGUGACAACGGAGGUAUCUCCAACCAGGACAUGUGCAUGUACGUCUGGGGAGCUAACGAAGCUGCCUGCAAAGGUGACGUCCAGGCUGAGCGAGAAGUAUGCAUGGGUGCCUGCAACGAUGCCCUCUGCGAAGAUGACUGCAACGAAAAAUACACUGAAAAGCUCAAGCUCUGCCCCUGCCACACUGUUUGCCCCAAUGGCUGCGCUUGCACCCCAUCCAACACUUUCGGCAACUCUUACUGCCCAACCCUUCCCCUUCCAGAUGAGAACUGCCUUGGAGACCACGGUGACGUCUCACAGGACUGCCGAGAUAGCUGUGGCUACGACGCUUACAUUUGCGUUUCGAAGUGCUAUGGCGACGGCGAAUGUCUUGCCAAAUGUCAGGACCAGGAAGCCGUUUGUGUCAACAAAUGCCCCUGCUACCCUGGUUGCCCAGGCGGAUGCCCAUGCUUCGACUGGUGCCAGUCUACUCCACCACCAAUCGAAAUCCAGUGCGAAGCCAUCUGGGGCGAUGAAGCUUCCCGAUGCGAGACUGAUCAGAAGAACACCCUCACCGUCUGCAACGCCAACUGCCAGAACGACGCUUACCCAUCGAUCUGCCAGGACAACUGCGCAGAGCAGUACUCCGAAAACCUCAAAAAGUGCCCAUGCCACAAGCAGUGCGCAAACGGGUGCAACUGUCCAACUGAGAAUGAGCUCGGCAACAGCUACUGCCCAGAGGGCCUUCCUGAUCCAGACCUCGAAUGUCUUGAGCAACACGGUGAAUCUUCCCAAAUCUGCCGAGACUCCUGCACUACUUCUGGAUACAUCUGUGUCAAUACCUGCGCUGGUGAUAGCCAAUGCGAAGUUUACUGCCGUGAAAAGGUUAUUGAGUGCAUCAAUGGCUGCCCAUGCUACCCCGGAUGCGAUUUCCCGGAGACUCCAGAGUGCCUUCCAUCUCUUGAAGACCAGUGCAAAGUGAUUUGGGGAGAAGAAGCCACUAAUUGCGAACAGGAUCAGCUCGCCAAGCUGAACUCUUGCCUCGCCGGCUGCUCCACCGGAACUUGCCAGGAUCAGUGCAACCAGCAGUACGUCAAUGACUCAUCCAAGUGUCCUUGCCACACUCACUGCCCCAACGGUUGCCGAUGCCCACCAGAUAACGUCCUUGGAAACUCCUACUGCCCCAACCUUCCUGAUGCCAACGCUGACUGUCUCGAAGACUACGGCGACAUCUCUGCUCAGUGCCGAGACUCAUGCACUAGCGAUGCCUACUAUUGCUCGAUCGCUUGCGCUCCAGGAGAUAGCCAAUGCCAGAGCGAUUGCCGAUUUUAUGAGAAUGUUUGCGUCUCCAACUGCCCAUGCUACCCAGAAUGCCCUCUUGGCUGCCCUUGCCCAGGAUGGUGCGGUGGAAUCUCCGACAAGGACAAGUGCCUUGCUAUUUGGGGAGAUGAAGCUCGAGCUUGUGAGCAAGACUGCGCUGAUAAGCGAGCCGAGUGCCUUUCAAGCUGCACAACUGGAACUUGUGAAGACAAAUGCAACGACGAGUACAUCGAGGAAUGUGCCACUUACUGUCCAUGCCACACUUACUGCUCCCUUGGCUGCGCUUGCCCUGAGUGGAACGACCUUGGAAACAGCUACUGCCCAGAGGGAGUUCCAAAGCCCGACCCUGAGUGCCUCGAGGACCCAUACCAUAACAACCUCUGGCAACAAUGUCGAUCUGGAUGUGCUGACACCGCUUACUAUUGCUCUCUCACAUGCUAUGGCAACCCUACUUGCUUGUCCAUCUGCCGAGCCGAUGAGUACGCCUGCAUGAACACUUGCCCAUGCCACGAAGAAUGUCCCAACGGCUGCCCAUGCCCAGGAUGGUGCGGUGAUACCGAAAAUCCUUCUAUCAUCGAGAAGUGUCUCGUUGUCUGGGGUGAUGAAGCUCAAGCUUGCGUCGACGACUGCGUAUCCAUCCGAAACGAGUGCAUCUCCGGGUGCAACGGUUCGAGCCUCUGCGAAGACGCCUGCAAUAGUGACUAUCUCUACCAGUGCUCGUACCACUGUCCUUGCCACAGCUACUGCCCCAACGGUUGCCCCUGUUACAAUGAAAUCGGAAAUCAAUACUGUCCCGGACCAUCCCCACCAGCAAACUGCAUCGAAGAGCACGGGGAAAAUGAAAAGAACUGCCGAGAUCUGUGCACUGACAAAUCCUAUGAUUGCAUGAAAGCAUGUGGUUUUGACGAACCAGCUUGCGUGAGCCAGUGUCAGGCUGAGAUGCAAGAGUGCACUGCUCUUUGCCCAUGCCAUGAACAAUGCCCCAACGGCUGUCCUUGCCCAAUCUACUGCCCAGAGCCACCUCCAUCUACUGAGGACCCUAAUGUGUCAACACCAACAACUCCGCCAAUCACUGCUCCUCCAGGAGGUGAGAUCGAACCAAUCUACGGUGAUCACGUGCUUGUUCUCUCUCGUGAUGCUGCUACAAUGUUCAAGUGGAGAAAUGGCGAGGCCCUUUCCUACACUGAGCUAACAAAAGGCUUUACUGAUACCAACGCUCGAUUCGACAUCAACGGCUUCUGGACUCAUGAUGCUUGCUCAGUUGUCGUCAAAGGCAAAUCCUACAUCAUUGGUGGUGCUUAUGACUGCACUACUCAGCCCGAAUUCUGCGGCCACUUGAACGUUCAGCGAGCGGUCAUGAAACUCUCCGAAACCUCCUGUGGACUCGACAUCGUCAUGGACGGUAUCACCAAGAAGCUCCCAUACUCGAUGAAGGAACACUCUUGCACUGGAUUCCAGAAGCGACUUUCUGGACAAGCUGAUCAGGAACGAGCUAUCAUGUGCUCACCAACUGACUCUGCUGAUGAAAUCAACGACGGUAUGGACUACCAGGAUCGUGCUUGCUGGAGUUCUUCUGAUAUGGUCGUUUGGGAGCGAGAGCCAUGGCUCCGAUACACCCACAUCAAGGCCACGAUGAAGUACCACAAGGGAUACGUCGUCAUCAUGGGUGGAACUGGCCUUAGCAACGAUGGCAAUAUCCUCGCUUACAACGAUCAUCCAUACGUCGAGUUCCUCUCCCAGAAUGGACAGUACAACACUACCGAUGGAACCUUCGGAACCUGGAUCCAAGGUGUCAGCUUGCCAAUCACUCUCGAAGAGAUGACCUCUGUCACUGAUGGGGAACAUCUCUACGUUUUCGGUGGUCUUCAUUACACGAGCCAGGAGUGCAACUUCUGGGCUGAUGCCGCCACCUGCAACUCCCGACGUGUCUACCGAAACUCUGAUCCUACCCGAGGCUUCCAGUGGACUUCGUACGGUUCACUGAUGAACCCUCGAUCUCGAUUCAGCUCCAUUCUCGUUGGCUUCCAGAACCAAGUCCCGAACCUCUUCCACGUCGCUGGCUACGCCAAGGCCGGAACUGAUCACAACGGAAAUAACAUUUCCGUCACCGGCCGAACCAUCGAAAAGUGGUGGCAGACUGGAACUGAAUUUGAAGCUGCUGAAGAAAUGAUUGCACCCGAUUUCAGCCAAGUCUCUCAGCAGACCUCGGCAUCGUUCCUCUAUGAUUUCAUCUCUCCCCAGACUUUCGUCAUCAACGCGGAUUGGUACAACCGAUACUGCUUGUAA